CUCGAGGCGAAUCACGCGAGCAUCGCGCAGCCCCUCGUGCACGCCAUCCGCGCCUAUCCGAGGACAUAUCGCGCGAACACACGCGUUCGCUCGUGGCUUCGUCGCAGCGGAUAAUUACGUGUGCGGUACACCGCCGCGUUUCCGCGGGUUCGCACAUGGCCGCGACACGUGCGUGCGCGCGGCGUUCACGCAUCAGACGCCAGCAAUAAAUACGGCCGCGAGAUAAGCGACAAUAUCGUCAGCUGAUAUCGGUCGUGCAUCUACUCGCGAACGCGGCCUGGAAUCGUGCCGGGGUUUCUUUGGAUGCAACGUCCACUCGUUAGGUCGUGGCGUUUCGAAGAGCUUGACGUGUAUGAUUUUGUAGCAGUUAUGUAUGAGGAUGUUAGGUAUGAUUUCCCCUGUUAAUGAUUCUUUUAAACGAUAGCAUUCUCGACCGUUCAUGUUGCGAUUAAAAUAUAACUUAGAAGUUUUUUGUAGAACGAAGUAGAUGAAAACACAGUUCAUAAUCUGUUAGGUCUUUUCCACUAUUUUAUUUUAGAACUUUUCACCAUCUCAUUUUAGAAUAUUUCACCGAUUUAUGAUUUUUUUAAACGAUAGAAUUCUUGAUCAUUCAUAUGGCGAUUGCAAUAUAACUUAACAGAGUUCAUGUGGAUGGAACAAAAUCUGAAGUCUUGAACAUUCCAUAAACAAGCAAUCAUAGUCAAAUAAAAUAAAUGGUCUAUUUUUCGUUCCGAGGGGAACACUUAGGACAUCUCAAAUCUGUAUGGUGCAUAGUCUGUUGGCCUGAUUGUUAAUUUAAUUAAUCUGAAGAUAGAACUCGGACUGCGACUAUUCUAUAAAUUCAUUUCAAUAAAUGACUAUUUCACAGAGUAUCGAUUCAAGAAACUACUACAAUGGGUGACGAUUGAGACGUCUUUCCAAUUUUGCAUACAUAUUAAUGUUUCGACCGUAGGUGAAUUACGAUGGCAAAUUUACCAAAGUGAGUCAUUUUAUAACGCAACGAACCAGAGCCCCGGCUUAAACGAUGACCGCGGCGUUAAGAAACGCGCGGUGCGCAGCGUCGAAUAAAUCGCGAGGCUCGAGCGAGCGUCGCGCUUCCGCGGACGCUGAUUUAUGGCGGAGGAACUUGUGAUAGCGCUGGCCAAGGGUCCCGACUUACGGUUUUCCCGCGGCGGACAAGGAAUUCCAAUUUAGACAUCCGCAGUGCCGUGUUCUUUUUCGCGUUGUUCGCGUUCAUGCGGGACGGCCCACGCUGGAAAACGCCGCGCAGGGUAAUUUAUGCUAGCUGCCGCGCGAACGACAAGUAUGGCGCGAUUAGAGGCGUCGUUGCCUAAUGGCGUCCGAUUGGUUUAGAUCCAACCGUUCUGGAGCCGAGUUGAGCAAAUUAUCAGCAGUUAAUUAGGAUUAAUUAUAAAACUAUUCGCGUUAUUUUCUCUUUUAUGAAAAAAAGUUACUUUUGUAUAGGUAGGUAAAGUAUUGUCUGGAAAGUCAAUGUUGAUUUUUGAUAGGUGGUACAGGUCUGAAUAUAUCUCUUAAAAGGUGGAAAGGUUGUGAAACAAAAUGAUAUCCAUGUAAGUCAAUAAAUAUAUACAUAAAGUUCAAAUGUACCUUUGAAUUUUUCUUAAAAAUUGGCACGAACUUUCUGAACAAUCCAAUAAAAUAUUGAAAGAAAUCUCUGAAAAUGUCAAGGUUAAUGGUGCUCGAUUGUUUACCUGAAACGAAGAAAUUACUUAAUUGUGGAGUAGUAAAAAAUAUGCACUAGUAGUUGAAGACACAACAAUCACAAUUGUGUUAAUUUAAUGUCGUAGCUAUGUGAUACAAAUGCCACCACUGAGUAUGACAUUAUUGAAUGAAAAUAGACGAGGAUCUAAGACCUCUUUUCCUAGGCAAGUCGAUUCUUUCACCAGUGUAUAGGUAUCAUAAAUCUCAGAACGCUUGCUGUCAACACUACAGUCUCUACAUAAAACUCUACAUAGAACAAAUCGUCUCAGUAAUCGAACCGAAAUCUGCAAAUCGUUACGCUCUCUACCGAUUCGUUACUCCCUCGCUGUCAAACGUCUUCAACUUCUCUCCGCUACGUCCCACGAACUUCUCCGGUAAACAAUCUCGCCCAGAAAUCGCGCUCGUGACGCGAACAGAAAAAUAACGAGGAAUACGCGACGAUGAAAAGAAAGAAAAAAACAAAACAUUCGACUACGAAUGAAAAAGAAAAGAAACGAAGCGAGGAUUAACGCGAACCGGUACAAAUGUUUCUUCUGCAGCAGGGUUGCGGGGUGCAGUUCAGACAUGGGAAGUGAGCAUUACUGCCUGAGGUGGAACAAUCAUCAGAGCAACUUGCUGGGUGUGUUCAGUCAACUGCUGGAGUCGGAGUCGCUGGUGGACGUGACAUUGGCGUGCACGGAGGGACCUUCGAUACGUGCCCACAAGGUAGUCCUCUCCGCGUGCUCCAGCUACUUCCAGGCCCUGUUCCUCGACCAUCCGAAUCGCCACCCCAUAGUCAUCCUAAAGGACGUACGUUUCGCCGAGCUACGUACACUCGUCGACUUCAUGUACAAAGGCGAGGUAAACGUCGAGUACUGCCAGCUAUCGGCCCUCCUCAAGACUGCGGAGAGCCUCAAGGUGAAGGGUCUAGCGGACAUGACGAACAUCAACGCGGCGGUAGCGUCGAGGGACGAACAGCAACAACCACCGCCGCAACAACAGCAACAGCAGCAGCAGCAGCAACAACAAACCCAGCAGCAACAGCAGCAACAACAACAACACACGAGCGCGUCCGAGGGUAUACAGCGCGAAACGUCGCGGGAACAUCACCGAGAACGCGAAAGCAUAAAGGAAGCGAGCAAUAAGGAGAGAGAUAGGGAAGGAAAUACAUCCGGUGGCACGGGGUUGCCAUCGGGAGGGGUGAAAGAAUGCGAGCAACCCCAACAAAUCGUAGUCCAACCACCCACCAGCGAGUCCACCGAGGCGGUAGACAUGACGGAGUGUCCGCCAUCGCCUACAGGACCCGGUAGCCCUUGUCCAGGACCCUUGGCCCUCGAUCGACCCAGGAGGGACUCCGAAGACGCUGCCAGCCUAGAGGAAACGAGGGGUUCCCUCAGUCCGAUCUCGGUGCACAGCGGACCGUCAGACAUGAGUCUCAGUAACAACACUGGUGGCACGCCUGGUGUGUUACCGUUGAACCUACCGCAGAGCCGGCUUCCGUCCCCGCACAGUACAGAACCUCUGGCGGGCCCUUCGGGGUUACCUCCAGUCCAGCAAGUUCCACUUUCGUUAAAAAAAGAGAUGGACUGGGAAAGGUCGACCGAGGAUCGGAGCGCGAGCAGCGAGAUAUCCACGGACUACAGACUCCCGCCAGAUCCGGUGUCGCUGGCGCUCGGUUUGGAAGCAGGGGGUUGGGGCGCCUUGGUGGAACGCUCGGGCGGCAGCGGCGGAAGCGGUUCCCUGUUAGGUCACGGCGGUUUCGCCGGUCUGGCUGGUUUGGCGCGUCGCUGCGGUGUCUGUCUGGCGACGUUUCCUUCCGCUUGGUUGCUGGAACGGCACGCGUUACUUCAGCACGCCGGCCAGGCGAGCGACGACAAGCCGUUCACCUGCGAGCAAUGCGGCCAGCGUUACCGCUACCGUUCCGCGUACGUGAAACACCGCGAGCAGAACCACCGUGCCCGUCUACCUGCCGACAAGCUCUUCACCUGCGACGUAUGCGGCAUGCAGUUCAGGUAUCUGAAGUCGUUCAAGAAGCACCGGCUGAACCACGCGUUGGAGCGGUUGCAGAGGGCUCCCGAGCCCCAGAGCAGCGUGAUGGCGGUGUCAGCGGCUGCGGAGCGCAGCGAUCAGGUGUCCAGCACCGGAGAACCCUCGCAGCUGGAAACUGGAAGCGACACCACCACCAACCCCAGCGAGGAGGAGACGAGAGCCACCUUCGCGGAGAAUCCUCGCGAGGAGAGCGUGUCGGAGACGGCCAGCCUCCACGAGAACCCUGGCGAGGCGGUCGAGGUUCAGAUGACGGAGGCUCCAGUGGUGAACGAGAGGGCUUCAGGCGGCGGUGGAAGCACCAGCGAAGCAGGGGACGUGGACGACAACGCGGUGGACGACGACCGACCCGAGCCGACCGAGGCGAUGAUCAGCCUGGCUCGCGGCAGCCACGAGGUGGACAGGCGCGAGCGUCGCUUCGCCUGUCCGUUUUGCGGUAAGUGCGUCAGGUCCAAGGAGAACCUGAAGCUCCACGUGCGCAAGCACACCGGCGAACGACCGUUCGUCUGUUUGUUCUGCGGCCGAGCGUUCGGCGGCAAGAGCGACCUGACCAGGCAUCUCCGCAUACACACCGGCGAGAGGCCCUACCAUUGCGAGAUGUGCGGCAAGUGCUUCGCCAGGGCGGAUUAUCUCUCCAAGCAUCUCACCACGCACAUACACCAGCGCUGAACGAGGCUCAAAAACGAAUUCUGGGACGUUCUCGGCACUUAGUGCGUCUUCAGGGCGGCAGGGAUUGGCUUUCGUGUUUCUCGGGGAUCUGGGAAGGAAAGGUAGUUAUCAAACGAGUUCGCUAGACCUUGGAGUCCUGGGAACUCAUUUGCAUCGAUGGUGUGAGCAACCGUGGCUAGCGAUGUUGGCCAUUGUUAGGAUUACUUUGGAAUAUUUAUUUAACACGUUUUGUGCCAAGCCGUUUUUUUGCUCGACUUGUCCAUCGGGCCAGUUGAUGUUUUGACUAAAGAUUGAUAUGUUGAUAAGACUGCGGAUCUUUAUGCAUUUAUAGGAAAUUUAAAUGUGCAAAAAACUACAAAAUGCAAACAAUAUACAAGAAUAUAAAAGAGAUUGAAAGUAAAGUUCAAUAUUUGCAGAGAAAAAUAAAUUCCUAUUUUAGUUAAAUUUUUGUAGGCACGUUCGCGAAGAUUUUAUUUUACAUAUAGUUCCGCAGUCUAGUUAUCACAUAAUAUUUCAUUACAUCGUCAAUCCAUAAGUAGUUAGUUUGUUUAGAGCAGUUAUCACAUCGUGUACCACCUGGGCUUCAUUCUUUUGGUGGAAAUAUAUUUAAAAAAAUCAAAGUAUGUUUUCAACGAAUUAAAUAAAUAUGUCUGCCUGUACCACCGGUGGUACACGUGACACGGAACGUGUUAAUAAUUGGAAGAGUGACUAUUGUGGAAACUUUAUAAUUUUCAGUGAAUUACUUAUUGGAAAAGGUCCAUAUCACUAUAGAGCUAGAAAGGUUGUCCCUGAAAGGAAUUCAGAUUCAGUGAUCAGACUUUUUAACAAGAGUAACUUGUGUCUCAAUUUUGUAUCAGGUGAACCGAUACAUUGUUUUCGUGAAAACACCAAAAUUUAUCUUAAAUUACACACAUCACUUAGGGACAUCUUUUAUAGUUCUUCUAGUGAUACAAUGAUGAAUUUAGUAACAUGGACGUUUAGGAAUAUUCCUUAGAUGCAAAUGGGUUGAUGAUAACCUCUGCCGCCUCUAUCCAGGUGUAGUUAACUAAAAAAAGAUUCCUGAGAACCAGCGUGGUAGGAAUGUCAGCAGACGAUGGGUUAAGGAUAAAGUAUCUCGAGUAAUCUUCCUCCCUCAGAGAUUUUUUGUACAUCGUCCAACUAUACAACGCUUUCAUGCUACCGAGGUCAAGCGAACCUCGAACUCCAAAUUGCUGUCAAUGCAUGAAAUUAUUUACAGUAAGCCGAGUUGGCUCCUCGAAGCGUCGCCUUAGAGACCUACCACCACGAUUCCAGUUUGAUUUUGUAUUCUAAUGGUCGUCAGUUCGAGGAAGAGGAUGGCAGUCAAUCGCGGUGAGUUUCCAGCAGUCAACGAUCGGCCAUUCGCUCUGAUCAGUUAGGUAACGAUGCAAUCGCAAUUUGAAGUCGACGGAACACUCCUUCCACGUUGCAUGAACUAUGAGACACGGAAGCACAGCCGAUGAAAUAGUCGAAACGACGCACAAGCGAGUACGAGAACGUCCAAGCACGAGAGGAUGCCAUUCGAAGACGAGUCGUACACGCGCAAAGUACUCGUUUCAUCUCUUCGGAUUUCUCGAACGCUGAACUUUCGGAAAAACCCUGAAAUCGUAAUAUUUUCGAGGCCUGACUCGAUAGAGAUAAUUUCACGAGUAAGUGCGCGUCUUCGAAUCCUCCUCCCGGAGUUCGUUGAGCCAAAAGAGAUUUUCAACGAGUUUGUUUCCCCUCUGUUGAGAUGCUUUCGCGGAAACGCGGCCAUAGAGGCGAACGUUUCGAAUCGAGAAACAGAGAAAAGAAUCGCGUAUCUAUCCAGCCGUUGGCCCAGCAAGACGAGUCAAUUACGGAGAAAGAAGGAAACGAAGUAAUCGUCGGCGACGAUGGCGGAAAGCCAGCGGCUGGCUUUCGCCCUGCAUCGAAACGCGAGUCUCGCGUUAUCACGAACAUACACGCACUCGUGAAAGAAGAUAGCGAAGAGGCUAGUGGAAGACCAAGACGAAGAAGAAGAUGAAGAAAAAGAAGAAAUGUAGAAGAAGAAGAAGGUUUCUACAUAACGUUAGUGAAGCUAACUUGUGAUAAGGAUUUGAAACCAAAGAACGCAACGACGCGGCAGACAAAAGUCGACCGUAACAGUUCCUUUUUGUUGUCCUGAUAACGUGCUAGCUGUCAGUGGCCGAUGUGAUUUGUACAUCGCCACGCGGUAACGAUGAUUUUUCUGUGUACAUGCCUUGCAGUCUCGUGUAUGCCGCGGCUCUUGCUGCCACGAACAAGUCCCUCCCUUGGAAACGAAGCGUUAAAGUGAUAAAUGUUUUGUGGAGAACGCGCUUUUUGAAUGUAUUAAUAUCGAUUUGACGUUGACGUUCGACGAUGCCACGCGAGAAUAGUUUAGCGAUUUCAGUAGAAGCGAAAGAAUAGUUUUCCACUGCAGAUCCGUGGGACACCGCGGAUCGUCUGCAGCGGAGUGUAUUUUUUUAAUGCCCCUUUUUUGGUGGACGUUUGACGGACGUCGAUAUUAUUUCACGGGAGAAUGGCGUCAUUCGAUGAUGGUUCGGACUGUUUGCAGGGCCCUAAGGGUGCUUUACCCCGAAGGAUAGAGAAAUGUGGCACCUAAGGGUUGUCGUAUACUUUAAUUUAGGUUUUGGCGACGUUACGAAUGUUUUCCAUCAGAUACUCAGAUUCUAUAGAGACAAUUUGAUCAAAAUAAGAUGAAAUGCUUCACCUAUCUUGACGUACGAUGAAGCUUCUUCAGAAGUUGAAACCGUUAGAGACUGCCACUCCAACUUGAGUGUAGUCUCAGAUUCUGGAGGAAAAAUCAAAAUCUGGAACACUAUUUGAGAAUCCUCUGAAGAUCCUACAUUUUAUUUGAUUUUCCAUUCGAAAAACACGAAUCGGAAACGAAAGCACGGGUCGAAGGGCGCCAUUCCCCGCCAACAGCCGUCCUAUCAUUACCACAAAAGCAUAAACGACCGACAGGAUGGACUUAUUCGCCUAAGCGCGCGGCGACGUGUUCGAAUACGGCAUCGAACGGAGACCAGGCGCGUCUAUUACGCCUGGUUCGUCCUCGGAGUGUUGUCGGUGCCUUCGAACCCCCGUAUCCUUUUUAACGCGACAUAGCAAUAACGUGUCUUUUAUUUCGUUCGUGGAGUACACGUCUGUCACGUGCAGAGAAAGCAAGCGAUUUAAGUUGGUCGUCGAGAGCCGCGAAGUAGCGUCUUGUUGCACGGUCUAUACGGUCCUUCGAACCUCUUCUUAGAAGGAACUUCACUCCCAACGCAGAUUUUUGCGCAACUUUGUUCCUAGAUAGACCAUUAAAAAAUAUUAGACACGUAUUUCUCGUUUAUUGCCUGGUGAGCAUGUUUGAGGGGUGGAAACUACCUCAGGGUUGGUUCAUACUAACCGAGGCUUGUUUAUUAUUUAUUAUAUCUUAUAUAAACAUGUUUCGUUUACUUUAGUCUUUCAAUAGCAGUUCUUUCCAGAUCUGGAGAACGAAUGUUUCGUAAGUGCCAGGUUCCACCAUUUAGACAAGUAUAAAACAAGAUUUACUAACCAGAUAUUUAUCACCAUCGUCCCUACAGCUUCAAUAUUAAAAACUUACAAAAAUAUUAGAAUCGUACAUUUACAACUCGAAACCCUUUUUACUUUCUGAAAUAUUCAACUACUUACUUCGUAUUCACAAUUUUGAGGGUAGUUUUAACCCCACAAACAUAAAUAUCAGCCCCAUAAAGGAGAACACGUGCCAUAUUUAUUUGUGUUCUAUCCGCGAACAAGCUUUCGCAAAAGUGAACGCGUUACAGUAGAAUGACGCUCCUUGUUAGUCGCUGUCCACAUUCUGCUGUCUACAUGUGUAUAUACAUAUAUGUAUGUCCCUGGUACGUGUGCACAUAUAUAUAUAUAUAACAAGCGAUCGACGACACAUCGUCCAGUAAAUGCGCGAGCGCAGAACGAGAGUGCCGGCUCAUUCUCGUCGGGGCUGGUCUCGUAAGCGGCCUAAGUCGUAGCCUCAUCUCGAGAGGCUCGAAAUCGUCGCCCCGAUAAUUAUUUAUUUCCAGGUACGUUUCGCGUCCCACCCUGGACGUCGGAUCGCGAUCGACAUCGGGCGAUCGGCUUUCUGGCAGGGAUCGGCAAAAUUCGCGUCCAGAUAAAAUUUUUAAAUGAAAAAAUGGCAGAUAAAUAAAUUCGAUUGCAAUGUUUGCUCGGUGAAAAUUACAGUUUGAAUUUUAAAAUGAAGUAUUCUGGGGUUGAAUGAAUAUCGCGAAUAAAUCGUUGUAUGACACCUUUAUUCGUCCUCUGUUCCUUUGAGUAAUUAAUUAAAUAUGGGGAACUUCUUAGUUGCUGGUCGUUCAAUAUAAAAUCACGGUUUGAAUCAUGAAAUUAUUGCGUGGUUGAAUAAUUAUAUAGAUGAGUAGCUAUUCAAUGGGUUAAACCACGAUGAGGUGCUUUAUUCGUCAUCUAUUCGUUCAAUAUAAAAUUGCAGUCUCAAUUAUAAAAUUAAACUACAUUUGAAUGAAUACGUAUAUCUGAGUAUUCAUCUAAGCUAAACAUUGCGAAUAAAUCGCUAUGCAGUAUCUUCAGCCGUCAUCUGUCAUUCGAAUGACAAACAACCAUCGACUCGUUCGAUUGGAAAUUACAAUCGAACGAAUGAAUAAAUAUCGAAUCGAAAGUGUUUUCAUUCGUGGCCUGUUCCUCGAAUAAAAUUUUGCCCGUCCGCGCCUCCCUAGUCACCCGAUCAGAGCGUACGACCCUAGCGGACCCUCGUCGCGCUUUUAAACUAUUCACGAGUCCCUCCGAUGGUGUCGAUGAGUUAUCUCGCGGUGGCUUCGGUCUCGUUGACUGGCAGCUGCCGCGGAUUCGAGGAGACGAAUGAUCGAUCGCCCGUACCGACGCGGUGAAUUAUUCGGCGCGUUAUUCCGUCUUUUAAAAAUAGACAUUAAAUAAAGAUAAGUAAUGAGGUCUACAGCGAUAAUUGUUGCAAACGUGCCGUCCCAGUGCCAAGUCUCGUUUACUUUCAUGAAAGUUACCGCAUAGCUUGCGCCGAUCUCGCGUCGAUCAGGGCGAUCGAGCGAUCCUCGCGAAACGAACGCCCGUGUCCUUCCGAUUCGUGGCGGCUCGGAGACGACAGGUGGCAAUGUCGGACAGGAUAUUGUGAUUCCUUAUCUCCCCGUAGCGAGAUAACCGCGGUGUAUUCUUGAACGGAAUAAUACGUUACAUUUUAUUCUUCUAUACAACUUCCUCGUUUUAGCAAACGCUGUGAUUUCGCGAUCGUUGCUCAAACAUGGGGCCGAGACCUGGGAACGGGGUCGAGGUCGUCUAUUCAGCCUUUCUGCAUUCGAUCUUGAACCACGAUGCACGUGAAACUCCGGGGAGUCAAACGUAGACGCAGCAAUCGUUCCUUUUUUACUGGUAGGAUCCUAAAUUUAUUUUUUUUUUUAGAGGAUAAUCGAGAUUCAAUACAAAUUAUCAGACUCUUGACGUUUGAUUCGUGAUGCAAGUGUUCGAUAAAUCUCAUCUUGUUAAUAUAUUUCUGAAUAUUAACUUGCACAUUGCAGCGACCAACAGAAUCGUUCCACUAUUCCAAAUCAGGAGACUCCUGAUGUCCAUCUCACAGUAUAAAUGAUAGUAUACCUUGCCAUUCGAUAAAUUCAAGAGUGACGAACAAUUCCAACGCAAUACUCAUGAAUUUCUCAUAUUCAUGAAUACAAAACUUCAACCAAAGCUUCCACCAUUAACUUGGAAUCUGAACCAUCAACAGAGUUUCUUCGCCAAUCCAAACCACUAAAUCUUCCAAUACAUAUUUCAUUCACAAGUACUCCAAUAGUAUUCGAAAAAUUCACCAAGUAUCACAAGAUUCUGUGUAACCUUCCCACGAAUAAUUCUUCGACGAUUAACGCCAACAGAGUUGCGCUGAUCCAACCCUCGCUACUCAGGAUUCUUUAUACACUCGCAUAAGAAGCGUACGUCUAUCGAAGUUGGUACUUCGAGUACCGCCACUUCGAGCGCAGAAGGCUGAACCGUUCCCAAUCGUCUGCGGCUUCGUACCAAGUUCAACUCGAUAUUUCGCCCGCAUGAAUUCUACGCCGGGAGCAGAACUUCGCGUAGAACUCCGUUGCUCCUGAGAACGGUACAAUUGCGUCGGACAUUCGCCGUAUCUAUGGCUGGCGAACCGCGUCGAAUGCCAAAGAAAAUCCUCGCGAGACCGAGCCGCGUCGGCGGGACGGGAAACUGCGAGAGAAAUGGCGAAGCCCCCUCAUCCCUUACGAGACCAGCGCCCCUCCAAUUUCCGUCAGAAAUGUUUAGUCCUUAGCUAGUAAUUACGGACGCACUAUGCUGUAUCUUGGGAGAAGGAGAAAUCGGUUAGAAAUUAACAAGAGAACGUGACUCCAAAACUAACAGGAGAACAUGGGUACUUGACCAUUGAAGUGAGAACUAAUAAUUCUUAGUGACAGAUAUCGUCCAAGGGGGCUGAGAUUUAGUAUAAAUAAAGUAGGUAAAGGCCUGAGUAUAUUGCUAUUUUUCAUUGGUGAUGAAAGAUAGGGGUUAAGAUGGGGUGAAGAUUCCUCUUCGAUAGAAAAUGACAGAUAAAUAAAUUCUGAUGGUAUGUUUGCUCGGUGAAAAUUAUAGUUUGAAUUUUAAAAUGAAGUAUUCUGGGAUUGAACGAAUAUUGAUAAUACAUGCCACUUUUAUUCGAUCUCUAUUCGUUCGAGUAGAUUUUUUAGAUUUAUAAUUUAAAAUCACGGUUUGAGUCAUGAAAUUAUCGUGUGGUUGAAUAAUUAUAUAUAUGACUAGCUAUUCAAUGAGAUAAACCACUAUGAGGUGCAUUAUUUGUCAUCUGUUCGUUCAAUAUAAAAUUGCAAUUUCAAUAAAACUACAAUUUUCAUUUUUACUCCGAGCUUUCAUGUUUUUGUAAUGCAGUGUAAAUGAGAGAUGAAAUUCAACGAGGGAAACUUGCUCGUGUGUUCAAUGUCUGCAUAAAUAUUAUUAUGGGUACAGUCGUGGAAAUACGAAUUAAUUUUGAUUUAGAAUCUAGAAAGAUAUAGCUUUAUUAUAUCAGGAGCAAUUGAAGAAAAUCGAUAAGUUAGAAGAAAUCCAUAGUUUUGGGAAUCAAUACUGAGUCCUGAUGUUAACUUCUGUGAAGCUGGUAUUAACUUACAUUAAUAUAUUUUUAUUACAGCAACGAUCGUUUCCCAUCACCAAUGAAAAAUAUUACAUCAGCGUGUAUACUUAAUUUUUCCAAGUCUCCAGAUUUCUCGAAUUGCGUAAAUGGCGCAGCGUCCUUGCGUCGCCUAAUCUGACUGAUAUUUCGUUCUCCCUUGAAAAUAAGAGCGUUCGCGAAACGAAGUCGAAUAACGAAGGUGCUAUCUAAGAAAUAGGGAUCGAUAAUCGCGGGCCCAUAAACGACGAGGGGGACUGCCCAGCGGGGGAAAGGUUCACCCGGUGCCAAAGAGAAGACUACGAAUUUCCGCGCGCGGCUCACGCGCGAGAGAAACAUAUAGAACCAACGAGAUUGGAUUUUCCACGCCUCGUGUUUCCCUCCCACGGUCUGGCGUCGCGAUUAGGCCUGCGUUUAGUCGAUAAAUUACGUAUUAGUCCUGUCGAUUAAGGCUGUAAGUUACAGAUCGUCGACGUGGCUCCGUCCCCCACCCCUCUGACGGACGAUCGACGUGCGAAAGUGGGAGAUCGCGCUAAUUUAGAAAACGCGGAGAAACGAAGAUAAUUGCAAACAAAUGAAAAAUAAAAGCCAACUGCGAGAAAAAAAUAAAUAAUGCAAUUAAAAAGAAAUAAAAAAAAAAAACAAAAAAAAACAGUGAACAUGUCCAACGAAUGUCAACGAGUUUCGGAACAAGCGAAAGAGCUAAGCGUAAAAGAACACGUACACACAAAUACAAAUUAAUGGGAGAUAAAGAAAAAAAAAAAGAAACGAAUGGAAGUAAGGGACAAACGACGCCGUGACUUUUCGUUUUACAAGUUGCGUUUGUCCAAGCGCGAGCGCAUGCACGAAACGUCGGUCGAAACGGGGACCACGUUUCGCGUUCGUCUACGCGCGAUCAACGAUCCAAGGAUUAAGGAAAAUAGUUCCAUGACGCCUGAUGCCUCUGUUAGCUUUUAUACGGCGAACCAACGUCCGCCCACUGCCGCUCCAUUUCCACUGUACGCCGAAUUUACCGCGUUAUGGACGGCCGAGGGAAGCUGCAAAUCGUUCUGUCACUGAAAGACCCCGACUGCGCUUGACGUUUCCUGCUACGGCCUGUACGCUCGAGCGUGCUUCGAGGAUCGGUCCGUUUAGACCCCUGGAACUCAUAGUUGAGACCCCUGACUUGCUCGUUCCCCGCGCGAUAUUUACAUACGUUCCUGUGGGCUCUCGAGCUCGGACGUCGGGACGGCUAAUUACUUAAGAGAGAGAGAGUUCCUGAUGCUUAGCGAUUCUUUUUCGACGAUUCCGACUGUUUGAUAUAAAUGUUGAAUAGGUAUGUUGAAAUUUCGCACUUUGAACAAUGUUUGCGUACAUUUUGGUUAGAAUAUGUUAAUACUUUUGGAAGAUAUACGUCUUUGGAGUUAGAAUUUGUAAUAGGGGUGGUUCUUUUUGACAGUCUAGUUUUUGAGGUACUAGGUGUGUGUGUGUGUGUGUAUUGUUACAGGAAUCACCAAAGAGAGAGAUUAUUUAAUAAAUAUAUAUGUUUAGCAAUGCUUAACAAUGCUUAAGAAUGGCUAACAUCCUGGCAGGAAUAUUAUGGUUUGAAUAUAAAUUGAAACAAGGGGAUGUUAAAUGAGGUAUUGCAUACAAACAGUAUUAUGAGUAAUUUUGUGGGACGUCAGACGGUUCAAUUACUUUCACUAUACAAUUAUUGCAAUUCUCACACAUAUAGUUGUAUACUGUCUUCCAUAUAAGUGGCUGUUUUAUGAACCUCGUACAAAUGGUGAUUUGUUUAGGUUACUAUACUUUUCACGAUGCUUAUAUUUUCUGUAUACCUCAAUAUAUUUAAAUGGAAAUUGACAAAAAUAUUGUUCAAUGUAUGUACUUUCAACAUACGUAUGAAUUAUUUAUAAUGGGCAUUUGACAUCAUUAUGAAAAAUUUCUAAAUAUGAGCAUUAUUUUCAGCCUGGAAAUUGGUGUUCCCUUUCAAAACAGACAUGGUAGGUGUAAUUUAAAGUAUAGCCCUCUUUCGAGUCUUCUAUUAUUCUCUAAUUGCAUUCAAUCCUAUGCGCAAACAUUCAAAAUAUUCGUCUAUUUUCGACAGUUUAAUUAAUUUAUAAUUAUUUUCAAUUUUAAUACGACUUGUGCGUUUCUGGAUAGUUCCUAUAUUUUUGCUCGUUAUAAAAAAUGGUUUCUCAUUUGUGAUAUCGUUGUCUUCUACGUGAAAGAGUAUUUAUUUAUUUAUUUAUUUAUUUAUUUAUUUAUUUAUUUAUUUAUUUAUUUAUUUAUUUAUUUAUUUAUUUAUUUAUUUAUUUAUUUAUAUAUUUAUUUAUUUAUUUAUUUAUGUCACUUGACUAGAAUGGUGAACUUGAUGUAACAUUUUAAAACUAAAUUAUAGCUUUCAUACUUUGUAUAAUUUCUAUUCUUUCAUCAUAUCGUGAUUAUUACCUUUACAGAAAUUCACGCGAGACAGGUGCGCUUCGUGGAGAAAUAUCUGUAUAACUAAUAAUCGAUACGGUGAAUAGGAAGAAGUAAAAUCUAUUCGUGUCUAAUACAUAUGCUAGGCAAACAGGAACGAAAUUUACCGAUUAAAAGCGUCCAACGUAACGUGAGUUUAGUUUCCAGAUAUCGAUGCCAUGAAUUAAACGUUAUUACUGUUAUCGUGGAACGCAAACUGGCUUGGUGUGAAUUUCUGUUAAGCUCGAUGUUGAGAACCGUGCCAAAUAUCGAUAUUAUACAAUGGGACAAUUAUAUUAUUAAGUGCACGCGAGCACAUUGUAGAAUUACGUAAAAUUGCACUCAUCUUCUUAACUAAACGAGCAUCGGCGAAGCAAAAAUACGUGCGCGUGACUUUCACACGUGAUUCUAAUAUUUGUAUGGUAACCAUUGAAUUCCUAAACGCUUGACAACGAAACUGAUACGCAAUUCACGGGAUUAGGGGAAAGUAAUCGAAUAACGAUGAAAUUUUCUUCGACUUGUUACAUUACAUUGUAAGCGAUAUUCAUUGACGACCGUACGAUAUAUAUUUUUUCUAUCUAUACAAACAUAUAGUGAUAACGACAGUGACAGUGAUAAUAUUUUAUAAUCGCUACCAAUUGUGAUACUUGAAUCCUGAACUCGAUUUUCAGCUAGCUUCUAUUGCGACCGCGGAGUCGAUGUUUUGAUUUACUGUGAUAAAACGAUAGGUAAUACGAGAUCAUCGAGGUGAAAUUUUAUACAGAACCGACCCUGCUAGCAAGAGUGAGAAUUAUUUUUCUCGUAGUACGAGAUACUAUAUAAUAAAUAUUAAACGGUGCUAUGAUAUUAUAUUUCCAGUAACGCGAUUUUUCCAGCGUCCGAAGAUAUUUAAUUUCCGUGACUUUAAUUAUCGAGAGAGGGGCUCGUGCAAAAAUAAACGAAGAACGAACGAUUCAGUCCUCGUUGCAAGCAUCUUAAUUAACGACGUUUCGACUUGUUGUAUUAAGUUAUCCUCGGAGUCUAUAGAAAUGAAAAUGAGAUUCUCUUAAUUAAUAUAACUUUUCCUCGGACCUGUAGAUGUCAAGUGCAUGGUCAACAGUUUUAUUGUUAAAAAAUUUACUCGCAGGACCUAAUAUUAACAUUUAUCUCACAAAGUAUUGACCAUAAACAUUAAGACUUUUAUUACAGACUAAAGCCAAAUUUUACCUGAAAAAUAUAAUUUUACUUAGAAUAAUAUUCUGAUACCUUACGUCAUUUUUUAAUACAGAUAUAAUUAACAUAAUUUUAUUCUGAAAAUGACUUGAAACAAGUCGAAACAUCGUUAAUCGAAUUGCUUAUAAUAAAUAUUGAAUUGCUCGAUCUUCGUUUGUUUUAAUCAUUAGCCAAACGACGCAAAGCACGCAAUUGAUUCUGAUUCGCGAUUAUUUAAGGGGAAAAAAGGAAAGAUCGAACUCUAUCGGUCAAAUCGAUAGCCGAAAGUAAUCCUUUGACCGAGCGAAAUCAAAGGGCGCACCCUGCUCGCACUUUUCCAAUUUACCAAAUCACAGAGCUAAAAACCGCUAUCGGCGGGCCUCGAGCUUGCCCCGCGCUCUGAAAUCCAAAAACGAUUUUUUUUUUCCACCUCGUCCACUCGUGUCGAAAACAAAAACUCGCAAGAUCUUUCCGAUAACUCCUCUAUGGGCGACUAAAACCUUCAUAUUCGCGGGAAAUAUGUUCCGUGAAACCCCGGAGUCCGACGAAUAGGAACCAGGGGAACAAACACCGCGGGCAAAAGAAUAAUUCGCGUAUUGUCAGGAAUCUUUUAAACUCUGCAAGCUCUGGCUACAGCCUUUGUUGUCGCUGCAGAAUUUUCAAUUUAUCUUGGAACCGUCGGAGUCGGUUGCAAUCGAGUGGGAUUUGUUUGAUAGUUUGAUUAUUCUUGUGAUUCUUAAAGGGAUGAACACGUAUUGGGAUUAUUUAAUUCGAGUUUAAGGGUGCUAAUAAGGACUAUAUAUUAAGUAUUAAUAUGUUGUUUGUAAUGCUGGAGGAAAUUGAGAAUAAUUCGAAAUUAAUUUCGUUUACUCUAAAGGAUCGACGCACGAUCAGUUGAGAAUAGAAUGGUCUGAAUUUAAUAGAAUUAACUGUUUUGAUUAAAUAGUAUUACAAAUUUCACGUACAUCGAUGCGAGAAGAGACCUAAAGAGGGCUAUGGAAAAUUCUCCCCCUUCGCAUUAGGCUUUCACAUAAACAACCAUACAAAAAUACACAGUCCAAUCGAUAGUAUACGCUUUUAUUUCCAACAGUUUCUAUUUUCACAAAUCCCUUAUUUUAAACACAGGUGCAUUAAUACAGGUGUACUUAGCUAAAAGAGAAUGACCUGCACCCCAUUCCAACAUUAAGUUUCGCCUCAUCGAACAACAACCAAGUUUACCUCGAUUCUACCCUUCUACAUCACUAACAUUAAUACCACCCUUUACAAAACUUCAACCACUCCUUCAGGGAACACCCCGAUAUCCACGAAUCAGCUCGUUUCAAUAUGGCGUCCGCAGACAAAGCUCCCCGAGCGUGACCCCGCGAUCGUUCGAAUUCACCGUUUCGACGAAGGGUAGAGACGGGUGGAGGCGCGUCGAUAUCGAGAAAUAAUGCAUCGGGUCCUCGUUUUAAGUUCGCCUGAACUUACGUAGGAUUCCAGGAAUCAAUUAAUCGCUACGGUACGUGUGCAGGUCGGCCGUGCAGGCCACAGGGAGCACGAGGAAGCGAGACGGCGGAGCUUGUGACUCCGCAUCACGUUAGCUCGCGUGAUGGUCGGUCGUCUUUCAAUCCGGAGUCGGUAAAACGUACCUCCGAAAUGUGUGCACGGCAUAAUAUAUUCAACGCGAUUGUGUCCCGCCACAAAGGGAUUACUUUCGCGUUGCGCGUGCACACCCUGCACGGGUUCGAUUCCCGCUGGCGCUCGAGCUCGCGUUCAAGAAACGCUCGUGCUCGAGGGAUGCUCACGCUCAGGCAACGCUCACGACUAAGCUCGAGACGCAAGGGCUGAGCAUCCCCUGCGAGUUAAAAGAAGGGUUUCCACCGGCAAAGAUUAUUAGCGCUGGAUCAAGAUUUUAUGAGACCUCUGGGCAGAGGGGGUCACGGUUCCAUUUUGGAGAAGAUUGCCAACUCGAUGGAGGCAUAAAACUCUUUGGGGCUAGGUAGGGAAAAGGCUGAUUCACUUUUUCUUUUGCUUCUAAUUCAUGCAUCCCUGGGUAAGGAGACUUUGGGGGGUUCGAUAAUAUUUUCAAGAAAAUUGGGAAAUCAAUGGGGGACAUAUGAAUCUUUGAAGUUACGAAAAGGGCUGAAGGUACGGAAAAGGCUGUACCACCUUUUGCUUAGCUUCUAAUGCAUGGACCUCUGCUUAAGGGAAUUACAUGACCUCGAUAGUAUUUUCAAGAAAAUUGCAAGUCUUUUAUUUAAAGUUUAAAUGAAAACAUAAACACUAAAGUAUUGAACAAGAGCAGGAUAUAAAUCAUUUUCUUCUGUGAAAAUUUUAGCAAAACAACUAGUGUUAUGAACAUGAAUUCAUGUAUUUUCACAAUUAGAGCCAGUCCAGCGCCAAUAAUCUCUGCACCUGGAAACCCUGUGCUAUAAUACUCUCUGUUGAGUGUGAGCGUAGCUUGAGCGUUAUUUGAGGAAGGACCUUUCCGAGCCAAGCGUUUUUCCAUCGUACUUCGAACUCCUGAAUAUAUCCGCGUGAUAUUUUUUUAUAAUUUACCUGUGAAUGAUAUUUACAUUUACGGAUAUAUUUACAUCGUGCAAUCCGUCUGUUUCGCGGUCAAUUUUGUAACGAUUCAUGUUGUUCCAUGGUUGGGAAUGGCCGACCGAUGACAGUUCUUUGCACCUGUCCUAAAAAUAACGAACUCGCUUCUUCAAAUUUUGCUGGCAAUCGCUUUUAAUCGGCUGUCCAAUCAACGUAGAAUAAUCCAUGUUUAUAUACAGUUUUUGUCGGCAAUUUUUCGUAACGCGUUGUUUUUAUAUCGCUCGUAUUUAUAUUGUCUCGUGAGACGCGCAAAAAAUUGUAAUCGAAACGCGACGGGGAAACCGUAAAUUACAAAUUUAAAUAUUUAUUCAGGGAGGCUUAAUGCCGUUGGCUGUCACACAUUACGGUAGUCUGACGCGCUGUACAGCGAACGCGUUAAUGUUUGCGUCGCGUUAAGUAGCGGUGUCGAUAAUUAACAUGUUCGCUGCGAUGCACACCAUUGAUGAUACAUUAUUGGCUUUUCGUGUACACACAGCCCCCUGUCACUAUACCAUACUACGUGACGUCCCUGACGCAGACCGUUCAUUUGUCUUAGACCAAAAAUUUUGCAACAAAUUUUCACCCCUAAAACAAACGCAAUCAUCGAAACAUGCUUCCAUCAUCGUUAGUCUAGUGAGAAUUCUUUUUGUCGUGAAAAGAAAUGACUUGCCAUGGAAACUCAAUUUUUCUCGAAUUUUUAUUUCACGUUAUUGCAAUCGAACAAAUAUUUCAAAUGGAAAUAGUUCUUCAAAAUCGAACAUACAUCUCGAAUAGAAAUAGAAACAUUUCAGAUUUUCAAAAUCAACCGAUUAUUUCAGCUCCAAAAAAAAGCAUACAUUUCAGAUUCAAUUAAAAUCAACUAAAUACAUCUAAUACAUUUUGUAUUGGCAAAGAAAAAACCUUCUAAUUUUACGCUAACUAUUAAGACCUCGUUCUUCAUUUCCACCUCCAAGAGUAAUAUUACUCCGCACGUAUAAUGUGUGAGCAUGCCCUGUUAUCAAUUCAAUUUUGGCGUUCUUUACCGCGUCCAUAAAGCAAACGGAAGUUUCAGCUCGAUACGUAAUCGCAACCAGUCGAAGUUCGUCUCGUUUCGUCUCGGCCCCGACCGCGGAACAACGUUUGCUCGACGCAAGUUUUAAUCGUGCGGAUUAAUCCGGACGCAUAGUGAUUUCGGGAUUCCAGGAGGCGGUGGCGGACCAUUAGAUAGUCACGUUCGGGUCGAGAGACUUGCAUUCGUAUCGAGACACUCCAAUUCAUAGUCUAAGGGUUGUUGGAUUCGAUCCUCGACAAGCUGAACCCAUGGCCAGGCGUUAUGGAAUGGAUUGGGCAUUUUAAACCACGUUUAAAUAAAAAAAAUUAUAGCUACCUAUACAACACCAAGUAAUAUAUGUAUAUAUAUAUAUAUAUAUAUAUAUAUAUAUAUAUAUACAAAUUCUAAUAUAUAAAUAUAUAUAUGACGAUGAUAAUAUUAUAUAUGAAAAUAUAUUUAAUGAAUGUUCCUAUAUUUAUACUAUAAGUACGUAAUAAGUGUAUUAUAUUAAUAUUCGAUGGCGAUUUCAGGUUUUUACCAAAAAAAAAAGAAAGAAAACAACAACAAAACAUUAAAUGUCUGUUUAGAUAGCAGCCACUAUCGGGUUAAGUUAUAACGAAUCGGAAGAGAACGGUUAGAGAAGAGAGGAAGAGGGUUUAGAGUUAAAACGCGAGACGAAUGCAAACGAUGGUAGACAGAAAACGACAGUUAGAGACGGGGGAAGAAAAACAUAAAGCAACGAUUAUUCGAACAUCGUGCAAAUUUUAAGGGAUCGAUGAGAAAAAAAGAAAUUAGAGGAACGAUUUUUAAGCGGGUUUGCGUGUGUGGGUGACGAGGCGAGGGUCUUCCUAUACUGACUGAACGAUCAGAUGUGAUAUAUGCAUAAGGAUUAAUUAAUAAUUAUUUACUCCAAUCGUAUAUAUAAAUAUAUGUAAUUAAUAUUAUUAAUAUGGUUAUGAUAUACAAACAUUAUAUCUAUAUAUUGUGUAUAAGUAGAUAGGAACAUAUACAAUGUUUUUAACUGGUUUAUCUAUGUUCCGAGGAUAUAUAUGCUAAGUGUAUUUAGAUAGGAAGUUGUAAGAAGGUUUCUCGCCGUUAAUGUUUAAUCGAUAGAGACCACACGAGUGAUUAAGUUCGCGAUGAAAGAGAACCGACGACCAAAAUCCAACGCCGUUCGUGAAAUAUGCAUAGUUCUAUCGUUGAUCCCACGGUUUCACGUGUUUCCCUUCUCGUUAUAUUUAGCCCGCCGCUACAAAACGAUGCAUUGCUCAAAGUAUUGAUUGAAGAAUUUGUUCCGUCCAAUGAAAUUUCAACCGUCACCACCAGAAACCAACCUUCGCAACAUUUGAAAGGGACCUGUGUGUUGUUUCAAGUGACAAUUUUUACAUCAAAUUCAAGUAACGAAAUCAUCAUUGACACUGUUUGCGUUUAUCGAUGAGAUAUACACGAAGGAUAUUUCAUGAAAGUGGACUAAGGUUUCCAAUUUUAGCCACAGAUCUUUUCUUAAUACUUAGAAUUAAGUCUCCAAUCUGGCCUACGGUUAGUUAUAAUAUAUUUAUAAAGAUUUAGUUUAAAGAUUUAGGAUCUAUGAGACCUAGUCACUCUAGUUCGUGAUACAAUCUAAGAAAACCUCAAAUCUUGCCCCUGUAUUUGAUUAUAUUAACAAUGAUUUCUACUAAGCUGAUUAUAUUAUAUGACCUGAAGGAAGUUCAAAGAAAGAUAUAUACUAGUCACAAUCAGCUGCUUGACUGUAUGGAAUUGAGUCAAGUUCAUAUAACCAUUGAAGGUGAUGUUCCUGAUGAUGAUGAUGAUUGUAUGACCGAAAUUUUUUGGUGUAUUUGAGUGAAAGCAUUACCACUGGUUUGGUGAAGUUUUUUCGAUGGAAAUGAGUUCACACACGACCACGUUCCGACUACUUGCAAUUUCAGGUGAUUCGAAUCAUUCCUCGAAAUCGUUCAAUUGCAAAAAGUUAAAUGUAGUGCAAAAAGGACCGUGUUUGGGCUCAUUUUCAUCAGGAGAUUCUUAACAAUCCAUUGAUAGUACUCUAACAGACAUUCAUUGACACUAAUAUAAAAGAUUUAAUUCGAUACCACGUGUAUAUCUUACUCUCACUCAGAAGGAACGUAGACAGUGAUCCAAUCAGUAUAAAAUUAUUUCGUAUAACCAACAACUACUUAAUAUUAUCGCACACUACUAUUUUACCACAUUUACUGAACUUUUUCUUAUCCCUAAUCAAUAAUUCAAAAGUGUAAUCAUUUCAGAGCGGUCACGAAUGAACACUAAACAAAAAGAAGAAUUUUCUACCUGCGUCAAAAACCGGUUAUUCUUUUCUGGAUUAAAAACCGUUCGCAUUCUAUGAUCCAACAACGUCACUCACUUCAAAGCUAUGACUCCGAACCGCGGUUCUCUUUCUCGCGAACCCAACAACGAACCGCGCAGGUUCAUAGAAGAAUGACGAAAGAGAGAGAAAACAAACGAAACAGAGAAACAAUUUCGUGAGGUGCGUUUCGAGUUUAUGCGUUCCGUGCAAUAACAGUUUGCUCAAUCCUCGGUGUCCGUCGGUCCGUCCGUGCGGAACGACUUACUCGUAAGUUUAAAGUAUGAGGUGUACAUCACACGUGGGUAGUUACACUAAAAUACACACGCAUACGCAACAUAAGUGUAUAGAAAGAAAGAAAGAUAAAAAAAAAAUUAGCGAAAAAGUAUAGUAGCCAGCUCGACUCGUUAAAACGUAGCCAAGACAAUUUUCGACUAAUAGCAGACGUAAAAAAAAACAAAAAAAAAAGAAACGAAUUUUAAUCUCCUAUUUCAAACCUUCCUUCGAGUCUCUCGAUGUCUUUUUGGUGUCUAUUCUAAACAGAUGUAAGCGAACAAAAAGAAAAAAAAAAUGAAGAAGAAGAAGACGUAAUAAAACGUAAAGAGCGCAAAAUGCGAACGAUUUCAGCGUUUAGCUUCGUCUGUGUAAUAGUACGUAUAACGCGAGGACGGAUUAAACAAGGGGAAAAAAAGGAUUUAAGAAACGAGAGAGCAGAAUAAAAAUCCCUUUCGCGCGCCUGUGCACCGACGAGGCAGGUUAGCUCCUCCGAAACCUACCGCCAUUUUUUCUGUAGCGAGAAAAAAACGCCCCUCGAGGGUGCACGCCGCGGCGAUCUCCGCGUUAUUUCGGCGAAAAUUUAAUCGUAGAUGUGUUUUUAGACUCUUUCCAAAUCUUUUCUCCUAAACUUCUUGUUACUCUAGCAAUAACGAACGACAAAAAAAAACAACAAAGAAUAGAACGACUAUACGUCGUUUUCGUCCCCGGGAGCGACGUCUCUUCCGGCUAGAACGUAGCCACGGUUCGUAGACGUAGCUCGGAAACCCUGAAGAAAAAGAAACGUCCUAAUGAGAUGAAAAAAAGUGAGAAAGAAACAGGAACAUGAGAGGGACUAGAGAGAGAGAGAGAGAGGACAACGAAGAAUUUCCACGAGCGAAAUUCGCGACCCUCGAGCUUGCUCACCCUCCCCCCGUUUGAGACUCAAUACGCCCCCCCCCCCCCCCCCAACCACCGUUAACCCGCCGGUUUUCGAAGCUUUAAACGAAAGUCGAUUUUGCAAUCACGACUCGACCAGUCGGCGAGGAUAUUGAAAAACGAAAGAAAAUUUGCAAAAAGUAUUUCCGUGGCCCGUACUAUCAUAAUUGUUUGUCGUACCUACUGUUAGAUAUUAAUGAUUGUAAUUGUAAUAACUAGCGUAAUUAACGAAUUGAGAGGCGACCGCGUGCACCGCGUGUCCCACCCUUAACGAGGGAAUGAAACGUGGAACGUGGUGAACGGCCGGAAGUCGCCUCACGUGGAUGUUAGAGAUAUUUUUCAACUUGUACUAAAUGUGAUAAACCGAUGAAUUGACAAUGAGCAAUCUGACUGUAAUAUAUAAACACUAUAUUAUAUAUAUUAUAUAUAUAUAUAUAUUAUAUAUGAAUAUAUUAUAAAUACGUGUCUGUCGUACAAGCCGUAAUUAGGUUUCACCCGUAACUAGUACGUGUUUUAGCUUAAAAUUUUGACUGUACACGCGCGAGAAAAUUCUUUCCUCCGCGCGAUGUUCUCAAGCAACGAACGAAGAAUGUUCAAGCAACCAGGUGUGCGGGAGAUAUAGAAAUACCGUAGAGUGGAGCGAUGAACGAUGGGGAGGGAAAAAGUGGUGAUGAUGUCGCGAUGCCGUCUCGAAAUCUGUCCACGACUUUUUUCCACUGACGCCGGGCGCUGUCUUCGUUGCUGCGCCGCAACCGUAGCUCGGCAAAUUGAUCGAUUAAUCAAUCGAUUAAUUAAUUAGGGAGCUAACCGUGAAGCGGGCUGCGCGAUUUGCAUCCGUCGCGAGGAUGUGCCAAACGGAGGAACGAUUUUGCUUAUCCGUUAGCAAAUUAUAAAAUUAAUUUGUACUUUAUGUUGAACGCGAUCUUGAAUGUUGAAAGCUAUUUGUGUAAGUCGUUCCUCUCGUUUUGACUUUAUCACAAGGUCGUUUUAAUUUAUGAGAAUUGAAGUAGAUGAUUCGAUAAAUUUUAUUUGAUAGCUUCGUAGUCUGUCGACUGAAAGUGUGAGACCAGGCUCUUCAGUGUAAUAUCAACUAAAUAUGUGACGGACAAUUAGUAGAAAAAUAAUUUGAAUAUAGCCCUCAGGAGCUGUAGCUAUGUUUGAUUGUAGCUACACUACGGGUUUAGCGAUCCCGAGGUACCCGAGCUUCAAGGUUGUCAGUUGGCCCCAACAAACUACCCUAAUGGGGAUGCCAGAUAAUGAAGAUAAUGUAAAGUAAUGCAAUGAAAGAAAUUAAUGAAUAUUGUAAAAUAGAAUAUUGUAAGACUGGUAGAAAAGGUAUUACAACCACGUAGACGACUCAGCAUCCUUAUAACUAAAUGAAAUUAAAUUCAAAACAUAAUUUGAAUAUACAAUCGGUCCCACAAGUAUUCCUACACUCUAUUGAAAAAACUUAUCUAAAUCAAAUAAUAGGUUUAACGUUUCUAAAUAAAUGUUUCAUUAUAAAUAUCUACGUGAAUAAACUUUACAUGUACAUAUUCGUAAUGAAACAUUUAUUCGUAAACGUCAAACCUAUAAUUCAAUUUCGACAAACUUAUGGUGCUGUAUAUAAGAUUAUUCAAGGACAACAGAAUUCAACAAGGCCAAGAGAAUUCAACAAAGAUUUUUACCCAGAAAAAUCACAAAGUUCCGACACAGGUCCACGCAGACGUUUCUAUUUACACGUAUUCGACUCUGUUCUUCGUAGACGUUUCCAUCCGUCUAUCAAUGCCUGAAGCCCCGCUAAUGAUUUUUGGCUAAGAUUAAUAAAUCAAUCCGUCGCUGUCCGUUUCAAUUUCCUAACGCGUCUAAUCCGUGUCCGAUAUUGCGUUCGGGAACCACGCGUGGGACCCACCUCACGUGAACGUCCGUUGAUCGAUUAACUCCCAACUAUUUUGCAAGUUCUGCGGUCCAACAGGCUAGACUUUCAUCUAGCGUAACUUGCAAAUGGUCGUUUACAUGCGAACGACAGAAACUUCUGCGCGAGUCUGGGAAUAUAGCUGGGAGCAUGAGUUACUCCUGUACCUCUUGUGAAUUGCAUUGGAUUUCCAAGUCUCAAAGUAAACGAUUAGGAUUCUGUUUAUAAUUAUUUUUGUGUGGUCGUUGAAAUACCAAUUGUUCCGUUGCAAGUGGUCACUCCUAAUUCAAGAGCUUCUAACAGGAAUGUUUCAUUGUGAUCUGUGUUAUAAACAGUGUCUCAAGUGGAACACAGUGAACUUUAGAAUGCAACUAAAACUUUUCUGCAAUAUUUACAUUACUGAUACGGCUAGGUCCUCAGCGUUUAAUGUCCAACAAGCACGUAAAAUGAAGCCUGGUGGCUUCCAAUGCUGAUGUGUCCCCAUUCGAGACAUAUUUCCCCAAUCGAACAGAUAAGACGGUCUCACGCUUUCUGCCGAUAAUAUUGACCGAACUGUGAAGACAAAUGCUCCUCCUGGAAGCUUCGCGUUGCAAUCACGCGAAUCUUCCACGAGGAAAUACUCUGAAGCACUCAAGACGAGAGUAUGGAAUUGUGUAACGGUCAACGCGAGGUCAGACAUUAAAGUCCACACAUUUGAGUCCACGAAAGCGUAACGGAUGUUUGUAGACACGCGAAGGAUUCAUACUCUUAGCAGCUCGGUGUUUUCUUGCGACUCUCCUCUGUGUGUACCCUCGAUCAAACCCGAUGCACUCGAACAUCUCACUCAUUUGUUUGCUUUAUUCGACGCCUCUGUUGCGCCAUUAAGCGAGGAUACACACAAGAUGAGUGUGUUACGUAUGCUGAUAGAGAAGAAGGCUAAGGUUUGCUGUUUUCAAACCUAACUCAAGAUAGGGAGUAGCAUAGGGUAGGUUAGGAAAGAUUCAGUAAGCUUUCUGAAUUCUACAGUUAGAGGCAUGAAUUUCGACUUGAGUGGUUCAUAAAUGGGUUUUCAAAAAGAAAACUGGCACAUGAUUGCAAUUAAAAAUGGAAGAUGAUGUUUGAAUAGGCAUCAAGACUACACUGACAAAUGUAUUUUGUUAUUAAAAAACGAGGUUCUAAAUUUUAGAGAGUCCUUCAUGGAAGGUAAUAUUUUCUCAAAUUUCUAAGAAAGCUUCGAAUAUCUAGAAAGGGGUUUCCAAGAGGCUCACUGGCUCACAAUUUUGUUUUUUGAUCAAACACAAUAUGGAGCAUGUGAAUACGCAUGGUUACAAUUAAAUACAAACGAUGAGUGACCAUCAUGGCUACGUAAAAUGCAAGAUUGUAAAUCCGCUCUUGGAGAAACUUUUAUAAUUUUUUCCCCCUGGGGGUUGGCACCCCGUGGGGAAAUGCGACCAGGAUGCAGCAGCCCGUAAACGGUAACCGCGUAAUAUAUAUACUAUAUACGUAAUAUAUAUAUAUAUAUAUAUAUACAUUACGUAUGUAUAAAUAGCCGUUGGUACAAAGCAGCAAGUCCCAAAUAAAUCCGAUCCCAUCGAGCGCUAGAUUGUCGAUCGCCACGGAUCGACGAUCGAUCGACCGACCAAGCCGACGAAAUGACGACUAUGAAACGGCGCGUAAUUUAAUUCCUAGCGUUCUACCAGCCGCCAGUCACGGCGCCCCACGUCAAUGGCACGCUUUAAAAAAAAAAAGAUGAAACGAUGAAAAAAAAAACCGGGGAUAAUAUGUACUGUGUAAAAAACACAUACACUCACACAUACAUACACGCGCACGCGCGCGCGCACACACAUACACACACACACACACACACACACACACACACACACA